CGCGGGCAGGGGGCGUAGGCGCGGCCUGGCAUCCCUGUCUCCCUUUGUGCAGCGAGAUCCCGAUCCUGGGGGUCAGCAGCGCUUGGUGUGCGAACCCCUCGGUCGUGCCUGCGCCUCGGUCAGCCUCAGUUCAAGGAGCCGUGGAGGGUUUGGGCCGUGGAGUCCAAACCCUUCAGUGUGCAGACCAGAGAGACCCAGGGAGAUACAUUUGCAUAGCAGACUCGCCCGUGACGGAGCACAGAUUAAAAUCCCAGGGCCCUUAUUAGUCCAUUGCUCCAUCCAUACUCCACACUGUAAGGCAUAAGGACAAUAAUCUCUUCUUCCUUUUAUGUCAGAAAUUAACGUGAGAAUGUCUGUGCCCACUAGCUCCCCAGUACCGCCGAGGCUUUAAUCACGGGUACAGAGAGCCUUAAGUCUUCUCUUUGCUUGCUGAUCUCGAACCUUAAUGUGCAGAAGAAUCACGUUGGGAACUGGAAAUUCAGAAUCCUGGGCCUCACUCUCAGAGGAUCUGAUCUACACUUGUGGAGAUGCCCAGGAAUCUGCCUUAUUCUCUAUUGUCCUCCCAUCUCUUCCCCCCAUUUCAGAUAAAACACACCUCGAUAACCUCCGCCAAAGUGGCUGUGAAUGGCGUUCAUCUGCAUUAUCAGCAGACUGGAGAGGGCGAUCACGCAGUCCUGCUACUUCCUGGGAUGUUGGGAAGUGGAGAGACUGAUUUUGGACCUCAGCUCAAGAACCUCAAUAAGAAGCUCUUUACAGUGGUCGCCUGGGAUCCUCGAGGCUAUGGACGUUCCAAGCCUCCAGAUCGCGAUUUCCCAGUAGACUUUUUUGAAAGGGAUGCAAAAGAUGCUGUUGAUUUGAUGAAGGCGUUGAAGUUUAAGAAGGUUUCUCUGCUGGGGUGGAGUGAUGGGGGCAUAACCGCACUCAUUGCUGCUGCAAAAUAUCCAUCUUACAUCCACAAGAUGGUGAUCUGGGGCGCCAACGCCUACGUCACUGAUGAAGACAGCAUGAUUUACGAGGGCAUCCGAGAUGUUUCUAAAUGGAGUGAGAGAACAAGAAAGCCUCUAGAAGCCCUCUAUGGGUAUGACUACUUUGCCAGAACCUGUGAAAAGUGGGUGGAUGGCAUAAGCCAGUUUAAACUUCUCCCAGAUGGUAACAUCUGCCGGCACCUGCUGCCCCAGGUCCAGUGCCCCACCUUGAUUGUGCAUGGCGAGAAGGAUCCUCUGGUCCCGAGGUUUCAUGCUGACUUCAUUCAUGAACACGUGAAAGGCUCACGGCUGCAUUUGAUGCCAGAAGGCAAACACAACCUGCAUUUGCGUUUUGCAGAUGAAUUCAACAAGUUAGCAGAAGACUUCCUACAAUGAGAAUGCACCCUUGAGUCUUGGUGGUUCCUCAGUGUGGGGUGUGAUCGUGUUGCUCCCUGUUACCAUGAUGCCUUUGAAAUUCUCUACCUGAGCUUUCUACCCCUCCGUUCAGUGUUAUCCUGACCAAAUGAGAAUAAUGACAUGUUGAAAACGGCCUCUGGCUUCAGGUGGUGGUUCACGGCUACAAUCUCAGCACUUUGGGAGGCUGGGGUGGGAGGGGCAUUGCUUGAGUCCAGGAGUUCAAGACCAGCUUGUACCACAUAGGGAGACUCUGGCUCUACAAAAAAAAAAAUUUUUUUAAUUAGCUAGGCAAAGUGGGACACAACUGUGGUCCCAGCUGCUCAGGAAGCUGAGGUGGAAGGAUCACUUGAGCCCACUUCAAAGCUACAGUGAGCUGUGAUUGCAUCACUGCAUUACAGCCUGGGCAAGAGUAAGACUUUGUCUUUAAAAAAAAAAAAAGGAAUAAAGCCUCUAACUUCAAUAGCUAUGAAAAUUAAAUCUGAUUUUCUAACAUGAAGUUGUGACAAGUUAUACCAUUGUCUUAAAAGGUAAAUUCCUGGGGCCGGGUGCG